AUGGAGCAACAUGAGAAAUGGGGCACUGUCCUCCGGCACCAGGUUCCAAAUGCCACAGACGCCGAGCGCUUCCACUACGACUUGGCGCGGUUUCAGCGCAAGAAUGCAGCGCCCAUAACCACGUUCGUUCGUUUUCUCGGUGCCGAUGCCUCUGGUCUCUUCUUCGAGGAGCCCGGCGUGCCGUGGAGCCUCGCCUUUGAUCGUCCGUGGCCCGGGAUGGGCGCAAACUGGAGCCGCCUCCAAUUCCUCCGCGAUGUCACUGAUGCGAUGGCGUUUCUCCAUCGACAUGGGCGCGUCCAUGGCGGCUUGUCGCCAGCGCACUGCUUCGUUGACCGCCAGUACACGGCUGGGAAGCUGUAUGUCGCUCCCAAUAACACCGCCUUCUCGGCCUUUACAGCCCCCGAAGUCCACGUCGGUACAAACUACGAUGUGUUUGCCGCCGACGUCUACAGCCUGGGUUGCGUUCUGCGCUCGGUCCGGGGACUACACAUGUCAUACGAAGCGUGUGACUUGAUCGAAUGCAUGACGAACAUUGCACCUCGACAGCGACCGACGAUGGCGACCGUGGUCCAGCACCCAGUCUGGUGGUCAACAGACGAGAAGUUGCGGUACCUUCAAGACAUUGCGCGGUAUGACGCCGACCAUUCGCGCGUGGCCAUCUGCAAGCGCAUGCGUCUGUCGUAUCCGUGGCAGUCCAAGAUCCCCCCGAUUGCACUGGUCGCAAUGAACGAGCACCGGACGUACAACAACACGCUGUUUGCCCUCGUACGCUGGAUCCGAAAUUUCAAGGAGCAUGGACGCGACCACGCACCCAGCACGUGGUUGGCGCUCCACGCCGCCACCGGGGAUGCGAGGACGGUCGACGUCACGGACCUCGCGUUUCAAGAUGCGUGUCUUGGCGCGUUUGUUGAGAAAGCUUUUCCGUCUCUCGUUCUCGACCUCUGGCGCAACCUUGCGUAAGCUACGAUUACGCUGCACCAUCAUACACGUCUUGCAAUUUGUGAAAUAUCCCUAUGUCGUCUACUGCAAACCAAAUCCCAG